AUGAAUAGAAUUAACGAAAACAUGGUGACAUUUGGUGAUUUAUUUACAAAAGGUAUAAGCGGAAUGAAGAAUGUGUCCAUGCUUCUAGAGACUAAUGCAAUAGCGGAAGAAUUUGCAGAUAGAAUGGCAGUUAUAGGAGUUCUUAAAUUGGUCGAAAUGAACGCAAGUUGUCCUAAUUUAUCAUUCGUGAAGAAUGUAAAUUUCCACACGAAGAAUAUAAAUGUAAUUAAAGUUAUUGAUCUUACUGGAUAUUUUGCCUAUCUAAGUGGUCUGUUUAUGAAAGAUGAAUUCAUCUUUACGCAUAGUCAGUUAUUGAAAGUAUUCAAAUAUAGUGACAACGGAGACUGUCUGGCUGAACUAAAGCUACCAAACAGUCUCUACGAUAUAGAUAAAAUAAAUGACACAAUAGUUGCGAUAUCAGCAAACUUAAAUAACAUGUUUAUCAUCAACACGCAUGACAUGUCAUUGUGCCGUAGAAUUGAAAACACAUAUCCAGUUCAUGGAUUCUGUCAUAUCAAUGGAGAAUUUAUUCUUGCAUGUAGUAAUACUUUAACCUGGAUAAACACUUUCACUGGUGUCAAAAACGAACAGGCCAGAACAAACGGGAAUACCUAUUUUAUUCAUGCAGAAGACCGAAAACAUUAUAUUUGUGCAGAUGGAAAAAAUGCAGUGACCAGAAUGGUUAAUAAUACAAAAGCAUUUACUUACACAAAUAGUAAGCUUAAAAGCCCGAGAGAUAUAGAUGUCGAUUGUGAAGGUAAUGUGUAUAUUUGCGGAUAUAAAUCAGAAAAUAUACACCAACUCAGUAACAAUGGCAAGCUGGUUAGAAUUUUUCCAACCGAUAAAAUUGGAAUCAAACAACCGUGGGUUAUACGUUUCAAGAAAAAUAGCAACCAGUUUUUUGUCACAUGCUAUCGAACAGGAAAAGUUGUCGUGUGCGAAAUUAUUUGAUUUUGUAGAGUAAAAUAUUUUAGUCAAGUUGUAAUUGUGAGUUGUUUUAAAUAUUGUCUAAUAAGUAAGUAAGAUAAAUAAAAGGGAAGUAAACAUUAAAUAAUAUAAU